GGAAGUGGUGAUUUCCAUUUAUGGUUGCUCGUACAUCUAUCAGUCAAAGCGAAGAAAAUCUUGACAAACACGCAAUAAAGGACACUUUCGGAAACAAUUUGACCACUUGUCGGUCAGAAUAACCAAGAGGGUUUAAGAUGUCAUACCAGCAAGGAUUGGAACGUGACUUUGCUCAGAUUCAUGUACAGGACAGAGGGGGUAUCCAUCUCCCGCCUGCCCUCGCACCCAAGCCCAAACCCUACAACCCUGCCCCAGCGCCAUACCGACCUGCCCAGGGACAACAGAAAGGAGGCCAGGCUGCAUUCAGACAGGUUUAUCAUGAUGGCGAAGACUUCCCUCCUCCCCCACCACAGACAGGGUACUCCGAGGAUCAUGCCUACCCACCCCCUCCGCCCCCAGAACAGGUGAGGGGGUACAUGUACCAACAACCACUUGAUGACUUCCCUCCCCCACCUCCACCCCAGCAAUCUCAAGGCUACGAAUACAGGGACAACCAGUAUGGGGGAGGACCAAAGACUGCCAACUACAUGAACCAAGUAGGGUAUCGGGACUCCCCAGGACCCUACAACGAGUACGGAUCAUCCCCUGGAGCAUAUUCCCGGGGCUCCGAGGGACGCAACUCGCCAUACAUGUCAGGACAGAGCAACUACGCUAACGUAAACAUCGUCUCGGGCAAACAUGACUAUGGACGAGCUUCCCCCAGUACUUACCGCGCCGAGCCUGCUCCGGGCCGCCAGGAUAGGCCAGUUCCUGGACCACAGGUGCCCUCCUCAUCUGAACAGAUGGUCAGUACUGUGCCACCCUCUGAGAAGGAGGCGGAGGUGGAUGCUCUCACAAGUCUCCUCAUGCAGAGCAUGGAAUCCUCAGGGGAUCCCGACUAUUUUGGAAUGUGCUCCAAAUGCAGCAAGAAAGUUGUGGGUGAUAUCAACGGGUGUAAGGCCAUGGACCAGGUGUUUCACAUCAACUGCUUUACCUGUGUCAACUGCAAUCUGAAAUUACAAGGCAAAUCCUUCUUUGCACUUGAGAACAAGCCAUACUGUGAAAUCUGUUAUAUGAAUACUCUGGAAAAAUGUUCUAUCUGUUCGAAGCCAAUCACUGACAGGCUACUGCGAGCAACAGGCAAACCAUACCAUCCUGACUGCUUUGUGUGUGUCGUCUGUGGGAAGAGUCUAGAUGGUGUCCCUUUUACUGUAGACGCAACAAACCAGAUACAUUGCAUCGAGGACUUCCACAAGAAAUUUGCCCCACGUUGCUGUAGCUGCCAGUUACCGAUAAUGCCAGAGACUGGGCAAGACGAAACUGUGAGGAUUGUUGCCAUGGACAGGAGUUUCCAUGUUGACUGCUACAGAUGUGAGGACUGUGGAAUGCAGCUGUCCUCGGAGGCUGAGGGCCGGGGCUGCUACCCCUUGGACGAGCACAUCCUGUGUAAAAACUGUAACGCCAAACGCAUACAACAGAUGACAACAAAGAUGGCCACCGAACUUUAAGCAUCAGGACUGCUGGAACAGGCUUGAGAUCGUUAGAAGAACAUCAGAUAGAAGUUCAGAGAUGUUUACGUCAGAUUGCUGUUCAAUCUUCAUGUCCAAACAUUUUCACAGGGACAGUAAAGAGAAUUGAUUGAAAUUGAAUAUAUGAGGCACAUGAUGUGUUUGUAGUGUUGAGACUUGAACGUUGUCCUGGAGUCCUUGAGGGGUUUUCUGUGGUACUAUGUGCCAUUCCUCAACGAUGCCUAAAUUGAUCAAAGUGCUCUGAUAAUUCAAUACUUUCACAUAGAUUUACAACUGUUGUAGUGCUCAGAUCGUUUUGUGGCUCAGGCCCCAGUCAGCAUUUGACUCGCUAAAUGUUUAAUAUUUAACAAUUAGGUAAACAAGGACAGCUUGAUUUUCAGGCUUAAUUUAAGGAACAGGUAUAGUGUGUUCUUUUUCAAUAAUGUUCAAUUUGAAGAUAUUGAUGUGUGGACAAAUAUGGAAGCAUUUUCAAAUAUGAUUAUGAUGUUCAUGUUUGUUAUUCAUAAAUGUAACGAAUAUAUUUCAGUUUUAUUGACUUUUUAAAGAUAACAUGACAUUUGCCUAUAUGAGAAAGAAAUGUUCACCCGACAUUAUCUAAGAAGUCUGCAAUUGUCAAAUGUGACACCAUAUUCGACACCAUUAUUGCCUCUAUCAUAUUACUGAAACACAAUUUCAAGUAUUUUCAUGAGAAGAAGUCUGCAGAGUAAUUCAGACAAAUCUGAAUAUGCUUUUUGAAAAUCAGUGGACUAUUGGGGAAGCCUCAAGUCACUGGCCCCAAGGGUUUGUAGUUAUUCCAAUUGGAAUGAGAUAGAAUUGUUCACUGUAUGUUUUCUCUCAGUUUUGUACAGUUACUGUUGGUAACCAAAUUGACCCUGUGAGAACUGGUAGUCUCAGGCUAGCUGACCAUCAUGAAUUUUAAAGGUUGCUUUAAUAACAGCCCAUCACAGGGUUUCAAAUUGGAUAAUUUUCUAGGGCACUGACAGAUAGUCAGCCAAUAUGACAGCAUUUGGAUUCAUAAAUGCCCAAUGGAUAAUUUAUAAAUUCAUUGAAAUUGUUCUGCGAUUUGUCUCAAGCAAAGUUACUAUAAUUGCCACGUUUAUUCACCGUCAGGUGUGAUGUGUGUAGAAUGUGGUAGCUCUUCUCUUAUUUCCUGGUAUGCAUAUUACCAAACAUUUGAUGCAAUAUGACGUAUUAUUGUGAUAGCUCAAGCUGUUGUGCUUGCAACUUACAUAUAUUUAUUCUUAGUGAUGCUGUAUACAAAAUGAAAGCUUUGCUGUAGUCUGUAGAUUCAUUGUUUGUUCUCAUUUGUUUAGUGCAAGUAUAUUGGAACAAAUAUUAAUGUUGAUAUAUUGUUAGCCUUGUGGUAGCAUACAAUAUGUUUAAUUUGAAAUGUGAAAGAGUUACGUCCCUUUACAUGUAAAAAAUAGGUUUUCAUUUAUUGGACUUUUUAACCAUUUUUAACACUUGACAGAAAUGGAAAAAAAUAUAUUUGUGGGGUCAGUGGAUCAAUUAUCUGGUAUUAACAGAAUAUUGAUCUGUUUUAGAUUACUUAACCAGAGAUAUGUUUCAGAGUUUAAGUUUCUCAUUCUGGUGUUGACGCUGGGAGUCCUGGAAAUAUUGUCGCUGUGUAGUCAUUGCUUCUUUUAGUCCUUAACUGGAAUUGGAGCUUGCAGACAAGAAAAGUGAUGUUUUAAUGUUUUUUAUGCAAACAUGUUGGGAUUACUGACCUGAAUCUCCCUUUAAAAAACCAAAACAAAUAUUUAAAAUAUGAUGAUGUCAAUUUGGUGUAAUGUACAGAUUUUGACUCCUUGUUUAUGAAGAUGAUAUUUCAUCCAUACAAAUAUCUAAGCCUCUGGACCCAUGAAGAUCCGUUUUAGAAUUGGUCUUCAGUAACCUAUGCUUGUCGUAAGAAGCGACUAACAGGAUCGG